AUGUCCUCUCAAAACGCUUCUUCCUCAUCAAGCCUUCAUCAGCAGGGUGGAGAUGUUCAGAGGUUGAGAUAUUCUUCACAACUUCCAUCCCUUGUUCGAGACGGUAUUUCGGAGGAGAUUGAAAGUUGGAAGAAUGACAUUAUUAUUGGCUUCCAGAAAGCUCUUUCUCUUUUGCAUCAAGUGCAAACCAACAAUAGUGCAUCCUCCGAAGAAGAAGAAGGUUCUGAGUCGAUUCAUCCCAAAUGGUUUCAUACAUUAAAUUCGACCAUUAGACUUUUCAAUAGAUAUAGCACAAAUUUAGCAUAUCCAUUAAGUCUCCAAGAUCGAGUAACUCUCUUUGAAACUCUUCUUCCGAUCAUGAUUGACAAACAACUUGACUCGUAUAUGGAGUUACAAACUAAAUUAGCCAAUGUCAUGCUCUUUUUGAUGAAAAACAAGUAUCACAAAUUGAUUCAUCAAUCCAUCAAGCCUAUUACUUGUUGGAGAAGAUUUUAUGAAAUGUUACGAAACACUUAUUUUCCAAAAAACAGAAAUAUCGCAUAUCAUCCAUCUGAAAAUUUCGGAAAGACUAUUGUAAAAUUGGUUUGCAAAUUGAGAAAUAAUUUCAGUGUAGAGACUACGGAUGAAGUGAUUUCCGAACUUUCUCCAAGUCUUUAUUUUAGUGAUUCUGAGUUUUUCGUCUCUCAAGCAUUCUUGUGUUUAUUCCUUCCUUCAAAUCCUGAAGUAUCUACAUUGACCAAUCAUUGGUUUACACAACUAUUGGCCAUGUGGGAUUGGAAUACCAACUCACCAUUCUAUGAUCUCAAUUUUGUAUCAUUGAUGUAUCGUCUUGCUAAAGAUCAAGCUGGAAGAAUUGAUUUUAAACCACAUUUGGAUCAAAUUUUCACUCGAUUGAUCCGAUCCAUGGAUUUGAAUAUUGGUUCAGGUUUAACGAGUAGUAGUGUUGCUUCAGGUGCUGCAUCAAAAUUAAUGUCCAAAAAUUUAACCAUGAUGAGUAAUGCUGCCUCUGGAAUUAUGCAAGUAUUGAGUAGUAGCUCUGGUGGUUCAACUUAUCAUAGUUUUCCAAGUAAUAAUUGUUCGAUAUUUUGGAAAUUGAGUGAUUUGCGUAAUUUACUCAUGCAAUACAAUGCUCAAUUAUUGACAUGGUUGAUUACACCAUCCUCACCAGAGACUUUAAUCUAUCUCAAGAGAUUAUUCCAAUCCAUUGAUCAAUAUUAUUAUCCAAGUAAUAAUGGAGAAUGGUCGAGACCAUUGAGUAUUUUUAUAUCUGAAUUAUUCCGUUCCAUUGCAGCUCGAGUUACUUGUGAAAGAGAACAACUUGUAUCCACUGUUACUUGUGAAAGAGAACAACUUGUAUCAGGAGUAUUGUCCGGAUCUUGUUCGUACCAAUUGGAUGAUGAAACUAUUGAAGAAAUUAUUAGAAUUGUGUUUCCAAGUUGUAAAAUGGCUCUCUUUAGCAAGUCCGAAAAAGUCUCGAAAAAUGCCAUUCAAGCCAUCAAACACAUUUCCUUUAUUCGACCCUCUGCCAUUGUUAAGGAAUUAUUUGAAAUUGUUUUUCAUGCAUUGCAAACUCUCACUGAAGUUCAUCAAAUCAGUGUGGCUCUCGAAUUAUUGAAUACCAUCAUUAUUCCUCUCUUGUAUCAUAAUAUUCCUGAAGUGAAGGAUUAUAUGGCAGAGUUAUUGAAUAUGGCACUGCUCGGUAUUGAUACCAAUGAUCAACAGAAAACAUCUCUAACCAUUUCAUUCCUCAAUACUUUAUUUUCUGUGGUACCAAUCAUUUCAACCAUGUCGUAUCACGAAGGAAUGCCCCAUGUCGUGGAAUUAUUCCCUGAUUUCGUUUCGGAAUUUAUUCGUCGCAUUUUACACGUGAUGGGAGAAUUGGUUCAUACCAAACAACAACACACUGAAGCCAAGAAAGAGAAGAAGGAAGUGUAUAAUCAUUUAUCAAAAUCAAUUUCAUUAUUCUUCCAACAACUCUCUCAAGACUUGCAUCAAGUGUGUGUGUUGAAAAUUAUCGAAUACUUGACCAGUGAAUUUAAACCAAACUCAGUGAAGCAUAUUGGUGAAAUUGCACAAGCUUGUGUCAUUUAUUUGGAUCAAGAGAAUGGUUCCUAUGAUCCACUCGGAAUGAUGAUUGAUGCAUUAAUGUCCAAGAUUCUCUACAAGAAUGAAUUGAGAGAUUUACACGAACAAGAAAUGGAUUAUUACAUUCAUUUAUUAGCCAAAAUUGUGAAAUGUAACGCCUGUGUUGGAAAACACUUGGAUUCCUUAUUGAGAGUCAUUCGAUUGACUUUUGAUCAUGAAUCCAAAGCUGUCGUCAAGUCAUGCGGUAAACUUUUGAAAAAUAUUUUACAAAGUCUAUCACAAGUGUAUCUCGUUGAGAAGAGAAGUGCUCCACCCAAACAAUGGUUCAGUGAAGAAUUUCAAAAUAAUCAUGACAAGUAUUGGGGACAACUCUAUGACUCGACCAAUGUCGAUGCUCAAUGGCAUGUUCCCAAUGAUCGAGAGGUUGAACAAGCCACUCAAAUCUACAAUGAAUUUGUGAAAGGACCAGUGGUAACCGUUCAAAAAGCCACUUCCAUGCUCGUAUCAUUGAACAAGCGUCAAGAACCAUCGGAAGUGAUCACGAGAGAUGAAUUACUACGUGCUCUUUUGAAAUUCAAGUACCUUCUCAAAGGAAGUUCUCUCAUGCUCGAUGAAAUUAGACGAAAUGAGAAGAGUGAAUAUACCAAAAAACUGGUCAAUCAUUUCUCUAAUAAGAGUGCUGGAUGUAUGGUCAUUGCUGAUGAAAAGUUGGAAAUGAAUCGAGAAGCACUCCUCACGACACUACACACCUUGUUGAAAGAGAGUCUUGCUGUUGGUUUACCUCUGAAAGAAGACGUUUCGAAACCUGCCAUGGUUGAUGUUCGAGUGUUAAUUGCACUAACAAAGGCCAUUCAUAUUUGUGCAGCGUUUAGAAGUUUAAGUUUCUCUAAAAUGUUGAGCAUGAGUAAGAUUUGGUCUCUAUUGAAAUUACACUUUUUCAAAAGCACUACCAAGAAAAAGUAUCCAAGAUGUUUCAUUUUAGAUCGAUGUCAAUUGUUAUUUACUUGCCGAGUAUUCCAGAGAACCAUACCAUGUACAGAAAUUCAUCUCGAGACGUUGGAAAGUUUGAAACGUCUUUCAACCGACUCGGAAUAUUCUCAAGUGAGAACUCGAGCACAAACUGCCUUUAUUGGAAUUUUAAAAUUAUUCAAUCAUCGGGCAUUUGAAAAAUUCAUUCUUCCAAUUAUUGAUACCUUACAAAGUAAGGACUCUACUCAUGCCAUGGUGAAUGGUUCCAUUUUCUUACUCGAAAAGAGUACUGUGAUUCGAAGAAUUACCGAUAGCUGGCAAUUAAUUUCCAAAAUGUUACCUUCCAUUUGUAAUUGCUAUCAUGUGGAUAAAUCUUCCAUACAAAAGAGAAUUUAUGGUCUCUACAUGCAAUAUAGUACCUCCUUCAAAGAAUUACCUAUUCAUAACAAGACAGCAUUGAAAUAUUAUCAUGAUACUGUUUCAUCACUUGUUUCCAUUGCAUCCAGUUUAUCACAAUCCUUUUAUUGGAAUUAUCAAUUAAUUACAGUAUCAUGUUUGAAUUUAUUGAUACGGUCUGAUCGUGUAGUAUUGCUGCCAAUGGAAGCAGUGAAAUGUUUCAUGACCAAUCUUGUGAGUGAUCAUGUUCCUUUGAGACUAUUAUGCAUGAAGGCUGUUGAUUUCAUUUUCACACAAUACAAACCUAUUCAACCUCGACAAGUCAUUACAGACAAGGAACAAGUCAAGUCCAUCAUUUAUCAUUCUUCACAAGUACCGACGAGUCAAGAAGAAUUUGAAAAGACGUAUUUCGUGGACAAGUACUAUGUCGGAUGGAAUGGACUUCCAAAUAAGGUUAUUGUGUACGACUAUUCCAAGGAGAGAUUAUUCAGAGAAGAAUCAUUGGAAUUACAACAAGUCAUUGCUUCCACCAUGCUUGAACCCAAUUACCUUACAAAACUUUUCAUGUACUUCUCUGAAGAAACUAAUACUCAAAAUAAUGGAAGGUCUUUCACUAAAAAGAAUGCACAAAUGUUUAAAGGUCUCUUUCAAUUGAUGGGCAUUCAAGCUUUGGAAUUGUUGAAACCUUUUAUUGAAGAUUUGUUAUCAGUGUCAGGAAGUGGAGCUCCAGAAGAACAUUCUAAAAUAUGUCUAGUAGCUGAAAUAUUUGCUGGUUUGUCAAGAGCAACAAAACAUUGGAAGUUUGAUGACAAACAGAAUGCAUUGGAGUACUUGUUACAACAAAUUUCUCAUACCAUUGAUACGUGUGCACCUCAAGCAGUAGAUUCAGGUCUUCGUUCUGCGUUUCACUAUGCCAUGUUUGACAGCGAUGGAAGAAGAACAAGAUCCAUUAUUAACUUUUUAAUAGAAAAGACAAAUUUAGAUUCUGGAAUUGUGUCUGUUCAAGUCAAAGUAUUGCAACUUGUAUUCUUUACAUUGGUUGAACUUGAUUGGAGAGAUACCAAAAUAUUAGAGAAAUUUAUUGAAGAAAAGUUAUUGAAUCAUCUCGCAUAUCCAUAUCAACAAAUUAGAGAACUCAUCUCACGAAAUUUAGCUCUCAUUUUCCUCAAAUCGUGGAAUCCUUCUAGAGAUGAAAAUGGUUUACCAAAACUUGUCAAAUCUUGCCAAGUGAAUCCAAUUUUAUCUCAACUCUUGAAGAGUGAUAUGAUUACAACUACUCAAUCCAUUUCACAAAAUUUAUUUAUGGAUGAAACUGGUGCAUUGAAACUUCCACCAUUCUUAUUUAGCCUCUCAAGUCUUGGUAACAAUCUCAAUCCAUCUGAAUUUAUUCAAAAGACAAUGAUUCCAAAACUUCAUGCUGACUUUGAAAAGCUUUAUUCAGAUUAUAGCAAACAAAGAUCAUUGGAGCAAUCGGAAUCAAGUCAAAAAACAAAAUUAUCACCAGAAGAAAUUGCUUUCAAGUCCUUAUGUAAGACUGUUGUUGAGUUUAUGGGUGCUUCGUUGAUGUUUGGAAUUAAUGUCACGUUACCAUAUUUCUCAUCCUUAUUACCACUUGUGUUACAAUGUUUUACUUCCUCAAAUGAUACAGAUAUUGCAAUCAUUAGUGCAGGAGUGAUUGCUCGAGUCGGUUCAUAUUUAUUGCCACAACAUACCAUCAAAGAUUUGUUAUUUUCAAUUCUAUUUUUACAAAAACAAUUAAUGAUUCAUCAAGCAAGUGCUUCCACUAGAAGAGUACGAUUGGCAAUAUGCUUUUUCCUUCAAAGAUUUGCGUUUAAACAUCAAUUCUAUAUUAUUGGAACCGAAAUUGAGGAUGAUUUUUAUGAACAUUUGUUGUUCCUUUUGAAAGACAAAUUUGUGGAAGUUAGAGAUAUUGCUUGCAAUACAUUGGCUGGAUUUAUCAAAAUUGCUCCAGAUGCAAGAGUUAAAAGAAUUGUUGAUCACUUUUUGGAGGAGAGCAAACAACAUUUUGCUCACAAAAAGUCAGGUCAAGCUGAAAAAAUUUCAAAACUAGACGCGAAUUAUAUUGCAAUAGGAUUGAGUGCUAUUGUAAAGGCAUAUCCCUAUUCUCUACCCUCAUUCGUACCUACUGUUUUAGUCACUCUCUCCAAGUUCAGUUCCUAUCAAAAAUCAGAACAAGAGAAUGUGGAUGUUCAAUUUUUGACAGAAACUAUCAAACAUACAUUCACACAAUUCCACAAGACUCACCACGAGCAAUGGGAAGAGUACAAAAAACAAUUUACCGAAGAUGAAUUGUACACAGUGAACCAAUUAUUGUAUUCACCAGUCUAUUAUGCUUAA